AUGGCUUCUUUUAAUGAUGAUUCAUAUGAAUCAAUUGGUCUAGUUAAACCUGAAGUUUAUGUUUAUAUGAUACCUCCACGUCAAUCAGCAACACGUAAACAUCGUGCAGCUGAUUGGAAAUUAGAUACACCAAAUUUUAUUUGUCGUUUAAAAAUUAUAUCAAAAGGUGAAAAAUGUUUAAUACGUUUAGAAGAUCGUAAUACGGGUGCACAUUUUGCAACAUGUCCUAUUGAUAGUUAUCCAUCAAUUGCUGUUGAAAAUGUUGAAGAUUCUACACGUUAUUUUGUUAUACGUGUACAAAAUGAUAAUGGUCAACAAGCAUUUUUAGGUAUUGGUUUUAAUGAUCGUUCGGAUUCAUUUGAUUUUAAUGUUGCUUUACAAGAUCAUUUUAAAUAUUUAAAACAAGCUAAACAAAUUGAACAAGAAGCUAAACAAACAACUAAUGAUCCAUUACAACAACAACAACCAAAACUUGAUUUACGUUUUAAAGAAGGACAAACAAUUAAAAUAAAUCUUAAAAGUAGUUUACCAGGCGAAGAACAAACGAAAAAAACAAUUAAAAAUACAAAUGAAUCUAUUGUUCCAGGAAUUUUACCACCACCACCAGGUUCAAUAAUUCCAAAAUUAACACCACCACCAGGUUCAACUAUUCCAAAAAUUGUUCCACCACCACCAUCAGCAUCAUCAUCAUCUACAACAGCAACUACAAUUACAACUACAAAUACAAAUAAUAAUAAUAAUAAUGUUCAUUCCGAUUUAAGUUGGAUGCAAUUCUAA